GUCCCGCGGUUUGGUUCCGGUGCAGGCCGGGCCGCUGCUCGCGGAGGGGAGGCGGCAGCUCCGGCCAGCGGCGCAUCGACCCCGGCGAGAGCCGCUCCCGGCCGGGCUGCGGGCCCCCAGCAUGUGAGCCGCCGCGGGGGGAUGCUCGUACCCGGCUGCGGCCCGCCCCGCGCCAUGGAGAGCCCGCCGCUCGUCAUCCGCAUCACCAUCCCGGCCGGCGGCGCCGUGGACUGGACCGUCCACCCCGCGCCGCAGCUGCUCUUCAGGGACGUGCUGGAUGUCAUUGGACAGGUUUUGCCUGAUGCAACAACAACAGCAUUUGAAUAUGAAGAUGAGGACGGUGAUCGGAUUACUGUUAGAAGUGAUGAAGAAAUGAAAGCCAUGCUAUCCUAUUAUUAUACCACUGUAAUGGAACAGCAAGUAAAUGGACAGUUAAUAGAACCUUUGCAGAUAUAUCCAAGAGCCUGCAAGCCUCCUGGGAAACGCAACAUACAUGGCCUGAAGGUAAAUACACGAGCAGGGUCUGCUAAUAAUAGCAGCUCAGCAGUCUCGGAUUCCCUUCCAAGCAAUAGCUUAAAGAAGUCUUCUGCAGAACUGAAGAAAAUAUUAGCUAAUGGCCAGAUGAAUGAACAAGACAUACAGUAUCGAGAGGUCCUCGGUCAUGGCAAUGGAGGCACGGUCUACAAAGCAUAUCAUGUCCUUAGUGGAAAAAUACUGGCAGUAAAGCUCAUACCUUUAGAUAUUACACUGGAACUCCAAAAGCAGAUUAUGUCGGAAUUAGAAAUCCUUUAUAAGUGUGACUCAUCUUAUAUCAUAGGAUUUUAUGGCGCUUUUUUUGUAGAAAACAGAAUUUCACUGUGUACAGAAUUCAUGGAUGGCGGUUCUUUGGAUGUUUACAGAAAAAUUCCAGAGCACGUACUAGGAAGAAUAGCAGUAGCUGUUGUUAAAGGCCUUACCUAUUUAUGGAGUUUAAAGAUUUUACACAGAGAUGUGAAACCCUCUAAUAUGCUGGUGAACACACGAGGACAGGUGAAGCUGUGCGACUUUGGGGUUAGCACACAGCUGGUGAAUUCUAUAGCCAAGACGUAUGUUGGAACAAAUGCUUAUAUGGCGCCUGAACGAAUUUCAGGGGAACAAUACGGGAUUCAUUCCGAUGUAUGGAGUUUAGGGAUUUCCUUCAUGGAGCUUGCUCUUGGGAGGUUUCCAUAUCCUCAGAUUCAGAAAAACCAGGGAUCUUUAAUGCAGCCUCUCCAGUUAUUGCAGUGCAUUGUUGAUGAGGACCUCAUGAGAGAUCGUCUGUUUAUUAUCUGGCAUUGUACAGCUGCUGCUGUUUUCACCUUCUCCAAGCGAUUCUUUUUUGGCUGAAAGUUUCCAUAGCUGGUCUCAACACAAAGGUGAUUUUGUUUGUUUUUAAAAAAUUCAGCUGUUCUGAGUUAUGGUCAGGGCAGGGGGGAAGCAAAUUAUUUUUUCUUCUAAUCAGUUUUUUUAUGUUUGCAUAAUGUAGAACCAGUGACAUUAGAAACUUCAGACUUGUGAUAUUGUUUUGAAUGAGACUAUUCGCAUGAGCACAGACUGCUUUUGUGAGUAAGGGAUUGCAGCAUUGUGAUCACUGCAUGUUUUGCAGCUAUUAGCACUUUUAAAACAGUCCGGUUUGACAAAAAUAGUUUUUAGUUUUAGUCAUGAAAGCUUAAAUUUGGAAGUUUUCAUGUGAGCGCUUUUCUAUUAUUUUUGGAUAUAUGUUGCCUUCUGUUUUUUAAAUCUCUUUAACUCACCCCACCUCUGCAGAGAAGCUAAGCUUCACAGGACUGCAGUUUGGCUCAGCUUCAAGGAGUUUACAAGCUCUACAAACUGAAGAGCUCUGGAUGUCUUCUUUUUUUCAUAUAUAAUGCUGAGAAAUUUAAAAGCAAAAAUGAGCAUUAAUGCAAUGUUAGUGUUCAGACAUAGCGCAUUCAAAUGUCAACAAAUUCCAAAAUGUAAGGCUUCCUCUGCAAAAUUAACUUGCCCAUAAAGCAUAUACACCAUGUUGUAGUUGCUAUUCCUGGUUUCCUGGUCAAAUGCAACCUUUCAUUUAUUGCUGUGGCAUAUCUGUAAAAAUAUACAGUAUGUGCAACAUAACCAAAUUAAUGUUACAAGAGAAACGUUAACCUUUCGAGAGCUUAAUUUCUCAAACAAUGUUGCACCAAUGCUCAUUUUUGGAUUCUUCAAUCUCCAUUAUAUAGUAUAGAAUAGCAGCUUGCAUAGGAUCAAUAUUAAGCACAGCUUAACUUUUCCUUUAUGAAUCUUUUUAUAGAAUGUUUCUAUCUAUGUUGCCAUCAGAAUAUAAUAUACAGAUUUUGCAUAGACUUCUAUAUUUUAAUCCUGAAAACUUUUGUUAUGUUAUGUUUCUGAAGAGAGAAGAAAGUCAAGUAUCAGAAUAUAUGUAUAUAAAUUAUGACAUAUGUAUACAUGAUAUAUGCAUAUACAAAAUCCAUAAAUAAUAAGGUUCAUCAUAAUUUAUGUCCUAGACCAAUUGUACUUUUAUUGAGACAGAAACUGUGACCUUACCAGUCUAUGAGAUUCAAAGACUUAUAUAGGAACAAGGUAAAACCACAGGUAGGAAUUGCUGAAUAAUUACCUUCUGACCAACCUGAGCAAGAACCUUCCCAAGAGGGCGAGCUCAUUUAAUGGUUCCUAAAACUCAAUCUUGUGUAUGUCAAUGGUCAUGCUUGAUUAUUUGCAGCAGUGUUUUAUGAAAAAGCAAUAAAAAUGCAUUGGGAGUAUACAGAGGAAAAAGGCAACAAUAAAUGGUUUUAGUUUUUCAAGUGAAGUCCCUUUGGUGUGAACAGGAAAAGGCUGUGUUUCAUGCUGCUGUGCCUUAGCUAUUUGAAAGGGGUGUGCGUAUACGUGUAUCUACCUAAAACAUUGCUCUGCUCUGGUAGCUUAUGAUCAACAAGAGACCAGCAAUGAGAAGAAAAAAUUCUUAAGUUUGUUUUUAGAGAGAAAGCAAUUACAGUUACGGUUAAAAGAUUAACCUGUUUUCCCGCUACCUAUAUACUUAACUGCAAGGGAUUAAAAAACCUUCAGAGAGCCAUAUUAACAAAUACAAAGCUUUGCAAAAGGUAGAAAAUAACAUAAUAUACUUUGUAGGUAUUUCCUAAGGUUGGUUACUCUGUUCAUCUUUCUUGCCUGUGCCAAAUUCUGGAAAACAUUUUACAGUAGCCAAUGCCUCAGGAGAAAAAUGACUGAAUACUUGAAAUAUCCAGAGUGUGAUUAUAUGUGAGAUUAUAUAUAUUUAUGCACAUAAGUAUAUAUAUAUAUAUAUAAUUCCCCCACCCUACCCCCACAAGAACUUGGGUAGUAGACAAAGCUAUCCUGGUGAACAGCUAGUUCUCGCUUGAUUUGCAGUGUUGAGGGUAGUCUCAGUGUUUUGGUGGAUAAAACAAUGGCCUUUCAACCUUGUUUCUAGUCCAGCUGGAGAGCCUGAAAUAAAUGAGUUUACUGCUGACACUCCAGUCCCAGUAGACAGAAUUUCACACCAAAAUGCCCCCACAUAUAAUUUGUCACAAUUGGCACCUACCACGAAGAAAAGAGCAAGGACUGACCCAGUGUACAAAUGUAGUCAUCUUUCACCUUCCAGCUCAGGCUUGGCAGUAAAAUCCAGGCAGUCUAUAAUGCUAUAAGUCUGGCUAUCUGAAUCUCCUCCAGCCUUUGUUGUAUUCUGCAAACCUUGUUACUCUUAAGGAUUCAUGUGUAGUCAGAUUUCUGGAGGAAUCUUAAAACAAAUUUAGUAAGAAGUCUCUAACAUAUUUUUAGGAAUAUUGUCUUUUUAGGAAUACAGCUGAAUGUGGUCAAUAUUUCAGUCCAUUGGUCACAUUUAAGUAGCUUUCUAACUACAGUGCAUUUAUUGUACAUAAUUGCACAGGGUUUGUUUCUGGUUAGUGUGAAAUGUAGCACUUCUGAAAAUCAGACUAAGUACUUACCCACAGCUGUCUUUCUCAUAAUUAAAUGUUGGCUACUGUGUAAAAAUAAAUAUGUUCUUUGAAAGCUCACUUUAAAGUUACUAAGUAGUAAAAGAGAAGCAGGACAAAGUAGCAGUGUCUAAAAAUUCUGUAACCCUGUUGAGGUUGGUCUGGUAUCCCAAAACUCUGCUCACUGGAGUGAUUUAUUAAGCACUGCAGAUGUGCCCCAUUAACAUACAAGAGUCUCUGUCCAGAGGAGACUGCAAUCUCAGAGUCAGGGUAUAUUGGGAAAACUCCAAGAAGGGAUCAAUUAUCAGAGGAUACUGAUUAGUUAGUUAGAUACUGUUAGUCUGGAUCUGUAAAAGCAGCAGAGAGACCUGUGGCACCUUAUAGACUAACAGACAUAUUGGAGCAUAAACUUUCAUGGGUGAAUGCCCACUUCGUUGGAUGCAUCCAAGAAGGCAGUAACUUGGAUUUGGUUUGUUCUCUUACGUUAACUCUCCUCUCGUGGCCAUAGAGCCAGAGGGCCAUGUCAUCUCCUUCCACACAAACACAUGCACAGAGGAAAAACUUACAUGAAAUAGCAGUAGCUCUGGAGCUGUGGAAAAUGUCACAGAGAGGAAGGGUUAGCAGUUGAACAAAGCCUCCGAAUAGCAUAGAGCCAGUGGACUUGCUACAAAUCUGGCCUCUGCCUUUCAGGUAGCAGGGCACUUGGGCUUGUCUCUGCACUGCUCUAUGAUUGGCCAACUUCCUGGAGCCAUCUUGGUAGCCAUGCUGCCAUAGCUGGUCUAAGGCACAGGUGAGUAGAGGUUGUAGGUUGGAAGUUGGUCUUGAGUGUCAUUAACUUGAGAAUGUUUCCAAGAAGAGCAUACCCCCUAGAGCAGCAGCUCCCUGAAUUUGUUCCUUUCCAGGUGACCAUGCCCACCCCAAAACACACACACACACACACACACACAAAUACAAAUUCAUGGAUCCAAUGUAGUGGCCUUGGCAGAGGAAGGAGGUAAGCAUGCCAAAUACAUUUUUGCUCCCCUCUUUCUUUAACUUUUGGGGCUGGUUUGUAUGACUAAGGCCUGAUACUCAGUGGUGGUUCUGUACCCGCUGAAGGUAAGGGAGUUCUGAUUGCUCAGGGCUUCUCAGACCAGAAGAAAUGGGAGAGGCUCUAGGUUUGUGUAGUGAAUGAGGAUAAAACCCAGACCUGGUAACCUAUAUGCACAGAUUGAAAAGGAGCAUUUGAAUUCUGAAGACUAUGUUCAUUCCUCCAAAGCCAGUCCCUCUCUCUUUAAAGAAGAGGGAUUCAAAAGAGAUUCUCUAAGUGUAAAUAUUCCCAGGUCUUCAUUUAGAUAAUGAAACUUACCUAAAUGCCAUGAAAGUCGAUAACCUCUAUAGCAGAGAGUUGUCACUUUAUAAAUUAAAUAUCAGGAGCAGUGUUUGAAGUUUAAAGACCUCCCACCUCAGCUCAGAUUUUCUGCUGCUGUGCUUUUUUCUUUACGCCUGAGCACCUUGCUGACAAGUGCUAAUAACAAGAUGCCAAGAGAGGGUCCAGUUGGAGUUACCACACAUUAAACAUUCUGAACUUGUCCUUUCGCUCAUAGAUUGUGCAUAAUUAAUAAUUAAACGGUUUCAGUUGUAAUGGGUUGACCUUCCUGAACUGUUCAUUAUUCACAAGGCAAAGGCAUCACUCAAACUUUUUCCCCGCCCCCGCCCCCCCCCCCCCCCCCCGCUGCCCUUCUCUGUACUCACUGUACAUGCACAUUUCAGUUGUUUUUGAGAAUCAGGCUGACCAAGCGCUUCAAAAGCUGCCGAGACUUAAACAUUGUCCUUUUCUGUGUUAGGUCUCGCUUACAUAAAUGUUGUUUUGAUACUUGGGCCAGUAGGGUGUUUUUGGAAACAAGAUGCAGAGGAGAAAAUGGCUUGUAAUGUUCUAAAGCUGAUUGGCAUCCAUCUCCCAGCAAUGUAUUUAUGGCUCUAGUGUUAAGGUUGUAUCAACCUUCCCAUUAAUAAGCCGUUGUAUUUAGAAGUUGGUAAUUUAGAAAUAGAAGUACAGAAGAACCCCUGGAUUGAAGCCCUGAUGUAUUGACCAAAGAAUGCCAAUUUUUACUGAAAAUUGUAGAGUCCAUUUUGUUAUUUUUUGGAGUUUAAAAAAUAAGUACCUCUUCCCCAUCCUCUGCAAAAUUUUACACUGCAUUCUUUUCGCCUUGUAUAGAGUAAGACUCUGUUCUUUGGUAGAAUGAAAUAAAGUUGGCCAUAGAUCUCAUGUGGGCAAUUCACUAAUAUUACUCCACAUGUGUGACAAUAUUUUCUUAUGCAGAAUGUGCAAAAAAAAUUAUCAUGAAGACUUGGCGGGGAUUUCUGAGGCUUUGUUUUAUUUUAUCAUAUUUUCAUCCCUUGAGAAUGCUCCAGUCUAGGGAACUUCAAGACACAACGUAAAAUGUAUUUAUUUUGCUUAGAUUUUGUUUGACUUUUUGUUUCAUAUGUAACAACAUAGUGGUUGCUCAAAUUUCAGCAGGUAACAGCAGCAACAUUUUAUGUAUUGGGAGUAGUUUCAUGUACAGAGUAUUUUUAAAUUUGUAACUAAGUACAUACAACAAACUCAUUCUCUAAAUAAAAAUAUUAAUGUUAAUAUUAGUGCAUGAGAUGGAAAUGAUAAUCUAAUGUAUGUGUUCCAUCUCCAGCUACUAUGAUUUCAAAAAUUCUGUGUAUGUGAGCAAGCUCAGUGGCCAAUUUUUAACGUUUUACUAUGGAAGAAGUUAGGUUGAUUGUUUACUCUUUCAGCUCUUUCCAGUGGAGGCUAAGAUGUGCUUCCUCCUGGCCUAUGUCUUGUAUGCUUGUAGAUUUCAGCAGGUAUUUUCAGAAGUGAAACGAAGGUAUUAAUUUGAUACAAUUAGCUGUCUUUGGUGCAAUUAUGUGUAGGUUAACAGAAUAGAAUAUUAUGUCUUAAAUUCAAUUCAUACUCCAUGCAUAGGUACCACUUUGGCUUGUUUGGUUUCCCAGGGAAGAUACAAUGACAGCUUUAAUCAAGUUGGCUGGUUGGCAAUUCAUUAAACUAUUUUAUAUCAUACUUUGUAAUGAGGCCUUAGCUCGUAGUAAGUUUUAUGUGGGAAUCUGUAUUGAAUCCUAUAGCAGAAUUUGAAUAUUCUUAAUAAACCUCGUCU